AUGAAUCUACUAGAUUGGUUGGUAUGCGUGGCUAUAGCUGCAUUAAUAUGGUCAUUGUGGCAACAAUUAGAAAAAGCUAAAGAGCAGGAAAUAAAAAAUCUGAUAAAAGCUAGAAAAGGUCGAAAGAAAAAGCGAGUGAAGAAAAAAGCCAGUGAGCGCAUUAUCAUCGAUGAAUCUGAAUUAAAUUUCAAAAAGGCACCACUCCCUCCUCCUCCAUUACCUGAAAUGACACAUCCACUAUCUUCUGGAUCAGCAGCUGAAUCUGCACCUCCACAAUCUGAAUUGACAUCUAAAGAUUCUUCUAAACUGGAAACGAGCAAAGAACAGUCAGAUAAUCAAAAUAAGAUGCCACAACAUGAAAAAGGGAAACAUGGAACUAAUUCAGAAGUUACGGAUGCAAUUCAGAAAAAGACAGGCAAAUUAAAUGAAAGUGGACCUGAAUGGGGUGCACUUAGCAAUCAAAAAACACAACCACAGAAACCAUGGAUGUUUGAAGGUGAAGCCAAUUACCCACCAAACUUCUUCACAGUAGCUCAUCAAUCCCACUAA